AUGUCCAACACUCGUCUUAUAUUUUUACACCCUUACCUUCUCUGCUUCUUCAGAUUUCUUAAAAUCAAACGGCCGCGAAACCGAAUCCCUCUUCAAUACCCCUGCCAGCCACGAAAUUUUAUGACAUUAGCUGUUCGGCAAGCUGAGCUCGUCCGAAGACAUGGAAAAGCAGUCGAGCCUGUUGUGCCAAAGCACCAAGGGCUAAUAGAUUCAGUGCUAGUGGGGGAUACGGGCAAAAAUAAUGAACAUAAUACUGACAGCGAGAAGACGAUAACUCAGACUGAUGAUCACAACGAAAUUCAGCAGCAUGCUCCCAAUUUAUGGCUCACAGUACAAUCAACGGAAAUGACUCCGUCUGAAAUAAGUAUCGUUGGCGGCGAAGAAUGUGUUGAUGCACCAGCGAAGGAAAAAAUCGAAGAGUUAAGACAGUUAGGAGCACCGCUUGAAACAGUUCUACACAUGCCGCCUCCACCGAAGGCUAAAGGACGGAGCGCUUCGAAGCCGUCUCACAUACAAAUGCCGCUCUAUUUACACCACUUUGAUACAUACACUCUCGUGCAGCAAGUACAGGCUGGAGGGUUUACCUCAGAGCAAAGCAUUACUGCUAUGAAGGCUGUCAGGUCCCUUCUUGCAAAGAAUCUUGACGUGGCGCGCGAUAGAUUAGUCAGCAAAAGUGAUGUUGAAAAUCACCAGCAAUCUUAUCUUUUCCGCGCUGCCUGUUCCGAGCUCAAGACAGAAAUCCACAAUACACGCUGGAAGAAUGCCCAGAUAAUGCGUAGGGAACGUACGCUACUGCAGCACGAAGUCGACACCUUAAACCAAAAGCUCACACAAGAACUACUCACUCUUAAAGAUGAUCUCAAGGGUGUCUUUGAUGAUCGGAAGAUGUCAGUGCGCGUGCAUCAGCGUAAAAUGGAGGGCAAGAUUCAAGAGCUUGACUACAAGAUUACUGUGCUGCUCAACAGCGAUAGCAAGUCUGAGAUCGAAGGGCUCCGUUGGGUUUUAACGCGACGCUCUGUAAUGGGUAUUUUGUUUAUGGCAUUUAUGGUGUUAACAUCGCUACAGUAUGCAAGCUACAAAAGUCACGAGAAUGAAAUGAAGAAAAAAGAGGCUAUACUUAGGUCUUGA